UUUACUUCUGCUUGUAACAUAAAAAUGACAGCUGAUGUCUGAUUUUCACGAAUGAAAUGCUGAUUUGAUUUAACUACGGAAAAUGAUGAUGCCGAUCAACACAGUUGGGGGCCCUAGUGCUUCAGAAGUGAUUCAACAAGCAUUUUGUCCAGCUAUAGCAGUUCUGUCGUCUCCUGAUGUUGAUGUGGUCUGUAGCAAAAAUCGACUCACUUUCGUCGAACUUCUGCAGCCGUUUAGCCGACUGUCUGUAGAAGGUCAAAUAAGAGAUGUUAACCAGGCGUUGCACUCAGUCACUCACUUCAGACUGAGUGUUCGUGACAUCUCAUGGAGACCCGCCUCUACCAUUUUGGCAAGGCGUUUGCUGUCUGAAGCUGUGACCAGUUUUUCUGUCAAUGAAAACAAAGUUAUUGUUAUUGGGGAUGCAGAUUCAAUUGAAAUCAAUCCUCACACACCCUGGUAUGAUUCAUGGAGAGAGACUCUGUGGAGCUGUUUAGAAAUGACUGACCAUGAUUUUGCUCGUCAUUACUUGGCCACAUUACUUGUUGUUUCAUCUUCCCACCCUAAUCCAAUGGAACAAUUUCAGCAAUUAAAUGACCAGCUUACCCAGUUGAUGUCAAGCAAUGGAACAGUUGAUGGGCCUAGAUGGUUCAAUAUGUUGUCUUUGCGUUACCAUGUUCUUGUCCAUGAUGCGUGUGAUGGCGAAACUUCAAAGGCAGAAGAAUUGUUACAAACUAUGAGAAACGCUUAUGGAUCACACGGAUGCCAUCUACUAGUGAUUAACUCAAAACCCAAAAAAGGAUCAAUGAUUGAACCAGGACUACCAGCACCCGAUCCUUGGCUUCGAUUUCUACCACGAAAAGCCAGCAAGUCGGACGCUUCAAUUGAGGGAGAGACAGUCGUAGAUGGAGCAGAUGCUGGGGAAAUGGAACUGCCAGGGAAAGUGGUAGAAGGAACAAAUUCGCAAUCAUUGGGUUCCCUACCUAAAAUGCCGAUAAUGGAUGCCCUGCAGGAGGCUAUGCAGGAAAUCAAUAUCAAUUCAAUCUUAGCUCCAUCGCCGUCGACAUCGGCUCUCUCAUCCCUGACUCGAGAUGACGGCACGAAUAUGAAAAAUAAUCUCAGCCAGAGAAGCGCCGUUGAGAUCAAAGAUGAUCCUCUUAAUGCUGGACUGGGAAUGACGACCGGUGGGCUCUCUGUUGAUGAAGCGGAUGGAACCGGACUCAUUCUAGCUCCUGGUAUUGUGGAAAGUGAACUUCACGGCGGAUGCCUUACAACAGAAGAUUUGGAUCGCAUUCAGGGUUUAGUUAACGAUUUUUGCCUAAAGAGUUUACUUCCUCACAUGGAACGACAAAUGCGAUUGCUUAAUGAAUCCGCUUCAGCUCGAAAAAGUACUCAUCGAUCGUUGCUAAGUGCCACCAAACGUUGGUUCGGUAGUAGCCGACCUGGUGGUCUCCAAACAACUCAGACUGUUGCCGUGAGCUAUCAUCCCGAGUCUGUCCAGCUACAGCUUCGACGCUUAGGCGAUUUAGCAUUUCUUCUAGGUCACUAUGAAUUGGCCUAUCAUUCCUAUCAUUCUGCCAAAAAGGACUUUGAAGCUGAUCAAGCUUGGCUGCACUAUGCUGGAGCCAUGGAGAUGGCUGCACUCUCCGUCUUCCUGCAGAUUGGUCAUAAUCGUACCAUCCCGUUCCACUACUUCGACAAAGCGUUGACCACGUAUCUGCAAACUUGCAAGAUGCCGUAUUGGGCCACGCGCUGUGCCGUGUUGGCAUCCGAGUGCCUUAAAGCGACGAAUCAAUACAGUGACGCCGCUCUACAACUAAUUCGACUUACCAGUGAAGACGCCGAUUUACGGAGCGCCGUCCUUCUAGAACAAGCUGCCCUUUGUUUUCUUCGAUCUGCCGUCAAACCAAAUUCGUCAUCUGGCGAUGCCGCCAAGCCGAACAUGGUGCCCCUCAUCCGCAAAUACGCCUUCCACAUGAUUCUGGCUGGUCAUCGGUUUGGCAAGUCGGGGCAAAAGCGCCACGCUUCUCGAGCUUAUCAACUCGCCUUGCAAGUGUAUAAAGGGCAUGGUUGGAGCUUAGCUGAAGAUCACAUACACUACACAGUAGGGCGACAGUGCUUAAAUCGACAACAGAUUGAAGCAGCUUGUCAUGCGUUGGGUGCUCUUUUAAAGCCAGAUUCUUUGCAGACUGCCGCUCAGCAAACCGCCUAUUUAAAUGAAUUCAUUCACGUUCACCAGUUGUUAAAUAAACACCGAGAAAACGAAAUCAAAACGUCAACUUCACUUCCAGUGUUACCCUUGCCUGUGAUCGAUAGCAACCAGAUCAGAGUAUUAGUUGACACGAAAGAUCCCACGGAAAACAUUUGUCCGCCCGUGUCUGAGGCCUCACAUGUCACCUUCAACGACGACGAAGUUCAUCACGCAAAGUGGGCCAAUAUGGAAGAGAAACUGGUGCAGUCGGCCUUUGGCACAACUCAUGCCAUGUUCCGGCCUACCAAUCUUCUAUUUUCUAAUACGACCAACAAUACGGCUCAUCCACAAACGUAUUGUGAUGACCUCAUUAGUUUAGAAUUACCUUUGACCAACCCCUUGCGCAUUCCUGUCCUAUUAUGUGACAUUCGUCUAGUGUGGAACUUCUCUGGAGUGGACGGUAACCUAUCAAAUCUACUCACGACAAACAACAAUCCAUUGGUUACCACUUACAUUUUACCGAGGAUUGUACUGAAUCCUUCUUCUUCACAUAAGGUUGUUUUGAACGUGAAACCCAAAGCAGAAGGAAUGCUGGCCAUUGAAGGAGUCGCUUUUGACCUUCGCCCAGUCAAUGUAGAGCCUUCGGCAGCAGUAGUUGGAUUAGUGUCGUCAGUGUCAGGGCGAGUAAUGUUUAGCUUGCAGGGCCCGAGGUUAAAUGCGACCCAACAGGAACGUCAUGGCAAAGUAUAUGCUUCUGACAAAAGACUCUCGAUCCAAGUCGGGCCACGCAUGCCUAAAUUGCAAGUGCUGUUCCACUCCUUACCAGAAUUUCUAUUUAGCGGAGAAAUUCGGCCAGUGGUGGUUGAACUCUCCAACAUUUGCCCUAGUGUACCCGUUGCCAAUAUUAUUAUCGCUUCCAACGAUCCCUUACACCUCGCUUUCGACCUUCCUCGCAUUGAGAGCAAAAAUGUUCGAAAUGAUCAAAUUGCACUCUACCGUUGGGAUCCCACUCAAAAAUCAAUUAAAAUGUGGUUGAAAGGCACCGAAAACGUUGGGUUAACAUCAUUGGAUCUCAUGUUUUUCUCUACUAAUCCCGCCAUAAAAGCCAGAUAUCGUCUACUUCGCCACUGUUCGAAAAUCUUUGUCUCUUCAUCAUUGAGCCUCGGUGCCUGGGUUCAAAGAGUUCCGAGUGGGGAGGAUCGCACUGAAACAUUGGCCGUUCAACUCCAAGUUCGGAACCUCAGAGACGCGGAUGACACAUCACUAAGUGGUAUUGAAGUUUCGCAGGUUGCUCUUCUUAGCAAUCGAUGGCAUUUGCGUUCUGAUCAGUCAACAAUUCCAGACGGAGUACUUCAUCCACAAGAAAGCCUCAUUGGGGUGUUAUUGGCCAUCCGAGGAACUGAAAAGAGAGAAUACAACGAGAGUGUUGUGCUAAAAUUACCAAGCCAUGGCCGAGCUGUCGAUUUCCAACUCGACCCAUACCGAUCAUUCGUGAAAGAAUUUCAGAAAACUACACCCGACACAACUCUGGUUGUGUGCUGGACGGCUACGCAAGCUUCUGAAGAUGGAUUUGGUACUUUACUCAUAGAAGGGCAACAUUACUUCGGUUGGAAUUCCCAAGAUAUAGCAAGCUCAAGUUUGCCAGAAACCAGUUUGAAAUCACAUCAGCAGUUGGUUUCCUACUCCAUGGAGUAUUCAACAAAAGUGUUUCAUGAUUUUGACCAACAGAAGUUGUGUGUUAUACCAGUCACUCUGUUUCUUCACAAUUGCAGUCAGCAACAAGUUGAUGUUCAUUAUUCAGCCAACUUCAAUACAGGGAAACCCCCACGUGCUUCUCAGUUGUACAUGCCUGAAGCUGCUUCUCCCCUACUUUGGAUAGGUCGUGUUCAAGGAGAUGUUUGUUUGAAAGAUACACCUGAAGCGGUUCACUUGACUAUAGCAGUUUCAAGGCCAGGUGCUUACAGUCUUGUUCAAGGGUUACAAAUCGAUGCAAGAAUGUUGGGUGAAAAUGUUAGAGUACCAAGUCCAAAAAUUGAGUAUACAUUGAUUGUUGAUCACAAGGAAGUUUAAUUGUAUUAUGUAGGUGAAAAAAUAAAGUUGUUCAGAUUUUAA